GGCACUCAUCCAUAUUCUCUUUCUUUCUGUGUCUCUUUUUUAGAGUAAAACGUAUUUAUUAAUUAUAUUUCAAUUUAAAUUGUUUAUCUUCCUUUUGUUAAUUAAUUAAUGAACAUUGAAUGGAUUGACCAUACCGAUAUUAGUUUAAAUAGUUGUCAGUGACUGUAUCUUUCUUUUGUUUAAACAUGGAGGAUGUUCAUUUUCUUUCGGAGGCCGAGUUGAAGGAAAAGUCUCGGCAAUGGCAACAAUUACAGAGUAAAAGGUAUGCUGAUAAAAGAAAAUUUGGAACUCAAGAUGCCCAGAAAGAAGAAAUGCCACCGGAACAUGUUCGGAAGAUUAUUCGAGAUCAUGGUGAUAUGACUAGCAAAAAGUACCGGCAUGAUAAGCGAGUUUAUCUUGGAGCGCUUAAAUUUAUGCCUCAUGCUGUUCUUAAGCUAAUGGAAAACAUGCCUAUGCCUUGGGAACAGAUUCGUGAAGUUAAAGUAUUAUAUCAUAUUACCGGCGCUAUUACUUUUGUUAAUGAAAUUCCUUGGGUUAUUGAGCCUAUCUACAUUGCCCAAUGGGGAAGCAUGUGGGUCAUGAUGAGAAGGGAGAAACGUGAUCGGAGACACUUCAAGAGAAUGAGGUUUCCUCCUUUUGACGAUGAAGAACCUCCAUUAGAUUACGCUGACAAUGUUUUAGAUGUUGAACCAUUAGAAGCUAUCCAGAUGGAUUUAGAUUCAGAAGAUGAUGCACCUGUCGUUGAAUGGUUUUACGAGCACAAACCAUUAGUUGAUUCUAAAUAUGUGAAUGGUCCUUCUUAUAAGCGUUGGAACCUCUCGAUACCUCAGCUUGCUAAUCUCUAUAAGUUAGCUGAGCCUCUUAUUACUGAUCUUUUAGAUGACAAUUAUUUUUAUCUUUUUGAUUUGAAAUCAUUUUUUACGGCCAAAGCAUUGAACAUGUCUAUUCCUGGAGGUCCAAAGUUUGAACCUUUAAUCAAAGAUAUCAACCCAGCUGAUGAAGAUUGGAAUGAAUUUAACGAUAUUAACAAAAUUAUUAUUAGACAACCUAUCAGAACAGAAUAUCGAAUUGCAUUCCCAUAUCUUUAUAAUAAUUUACAUCACUUGACUAAUUAUGUCCAUCUUUCUUGGUAUCACACACCCAAUGUUGUUUUCAUCAAGACUGAGGAUUUAGAUUUACCUGCUUUUUACUUCGAUCCUCUCAUUAAUCCCAUUUCUCAUAGUCGCAUCUCUACCAGGACAAUCGAACCAAUUCCUGAUGAUGAUAAAUUAGACGAUGAUGAAGUUUUCACUUUACCUGCCGAUGUAGAACCCUAUAUGAGCACUUUUCCUCUUUAUACUGAUAAUACUGCUAAUGGAAUUGCGCUUCUUUGGGCUCCAAGACCUUAUAACUUGCGUUCUGGAAGGUCUCGUCGAGCCAUUGAUAUUCCUCUGGUCAAAUCAUGGUAUCUAGAGCAUUGUCCUCCUAGUAUGCCUGUUAAAGUGAGAGUCUCUUAUCAAAAGCUUCUGAAGUAUUUUGUCCUGAAUGCACUCAAACAUCGUCACCCUAAACCUCAAAAGAAAAGAUAUCUAUUCCGUUCCUUCAAAGCUACGAAAUUCUUUCAAACAACAUCUCUUGACUGGGUUGAAGCUGGACUUCAAGUUUGUCGACAAGGUUAUAACAUGCUUAAUUUAUUGAUCCAUCGUAAAAAUCUUAACUACCUGCAUCUUGAUUACAACUUCAAUCUCAAACCCGUUAAAACAUUGACAACCAAAGAACGAAAAAAGUCUAGGUUUGGUAACGCUUUUCAUCUUUGUCGUGAAAUCCUUCGUUUAACUAAGCUUGUAGUCGACAGUCAUGUACAAUACAGAUUGAACAAUGUUGAUGCUUUCCAACUUGCCGACGGACUUCAAUACAUCUUUGCUCAUGUUGGUCAAUUGACUGGAAUGUAUCGUUACAAAUAUAAAUUGAUGAGACAAAUUAGAAUGUGUAAAGAUUUAAAACAUUUGAUCUAUUAUCGAUUCAACACUGGUCCAGUUGGUAAAGGUCCUGGAUGUGGUUUCUGGGCACCCGGUUGGAGAGUUUGGUUAUUCUUCUUGCGAGGUAUCACACCAUUGCUUGAAAGAUGGCUCGGUAACUUGCUUUCUCGUCAGUUCGAGGGACGUAUAUCCAAGGGUGUCGCCAAAACUGUAACUAAACAAAGAGUAGAAAGUCAUUUCGAUCUUGAAUUGAGAGCUUCCGUCAUGCAUGAUAUUCUUGAUAUGAUGCCUGAAGGUAUUAAACAGAACAAAGCUCGUACAAUUCUGCAACAUUUAAGUGAAGCUUGGCGAUCUUGGAAAGCAAAUAUCCCAUGGAAGGUUCCUGGAUUACCUAUUCCUAUCGAGAAUAUGAUUUUGAGAUAUGUUAAAAUGAAAGCAGAUUGGUGGACAAAUACAGCUCAUUACAACCGAGAAAGAAUUCGAAGAGGAGCUACCGUGGACAAAACUGUCUGUAAAAAGAAUCUUGGUCGUUUAACAAGAUUAUACCUUAAAUCUGAACAAGAAAGACAACAUAAUUAUCUUAAAGAUGGUCCAUAUAUUAGUGCUGAAGAAGCUGUUGCUAUUUAUACAACCACAGUUCAUUGGCUCGAAAGUAGAAGAUUUUCACCUAUUCCUUUCCCGCCUUUAUCUUAUAAACAUGACACCAAACUGCUCAUUUUAGCUUUGGAACGUCUUAAAGAAGCAUACAGCGUCAAAAGUAGACUCAACCAAUCGCAAAGAGAGGAACUCGGUCUCAUUGAACAAGCUUACGACAAUCCACACGAAGCUCUUUCUCGUAUUAAGCGUCACCUUUUAACUCAACGAGCUUUCAAAGAAGUCAGUAUUGAAUUCAUGGACCUUUACUCCCAUCUUGUCCCUGUAUAUGAUGUUGAACCACUGGAGAAGAUUACUGAUGCUUAUUUAGAUCAGUAUCUAUGGUAUGAAGCAGAUAAAAGAAGGUUGUUCCCUCCGUGGAUCAAACCCGCUGACUCUGAACCGCCGCCAUUACUUGUUUACAAGUGGUGCCAGGGUAUAAACAAUCUUAAUAACGUUUGGGAUGCCAGCGAAGGAGAAUGUAAUGUUUUGCUUGAAUCUAAAUUCGAGAAAAUUUAUGAGAAGAUCGAUUUGACGCUUCUUAAUCGUCUCUUGCGACUUAUUGUUGACCAUAACAUCGCUGAUUACAUGACUGCUAAAAACAACAUUAUCAUUAAUUACAAAGACAUGAAUCAUACUAACUCUUAUGGAAUAAUUCGGGGUUUACAAUUUUCCUCAUUUAUUGUUCAAUAUUACGGUUUGGUGCUUGAUCUUUUAGUUCUCGGUUUACAACGUUCUAGUGAAAUGGCUGGACCACCAGCAAUACCUAACGACUUCCUCCAAUUUCAAGAUACAGAGACCGAAGAAGCUCACCCAAUUCGACUUUACUGCCGUUAUAUCGACAGGAUUCAUAUUUACUUCCGAUUCACCGCUGAAGAAGCUCGUGAUCUUAUUCAACGUUAUCUCACUGAGCACCCAGAUCCAAACAACGAGAAUAUUGUUGGUUAUAACAAUAAAAAAUGUUGGCCAAGAGACGCUAGAAUGCGACUUAUGAAACAUGACGUCAACUUAGGUCGAGCAGUUUUCUGGGACAUCAAAAAUAGAUUACCAAGAUCAGUUACGACUGUUAACUGGGAAAACAGUUUUGUUUGUGUAUACAGCAAAGACAAUCCAAAUCUUCUAUUCAACAUGUGUGGCUUUGAAUGUCGUAUCUUACCUAAGUGUCGUAUGAUUCAAGAAGAGUUUACUCAUAAAGAUGGAGUUUGGAAUCUACAGAAUGAAGUUACCAAAGAAAGAACAGCUCAAUGUUUCUUGAGAGUUGAUGAGGAAUCGAUGCAAAGAUUCCAUAAUCGUGUGCGGCAGAUUCUCAUGGCUUCAGGAUCAACGACUUUCACAAAAAUUGUUAAUAAAUGGAAUACUGCUCUCAUUGGUUUGAUGACUUAUUUCCGUGAGGCAGUUGUAAAUACACAAGAGCUUUUAGAUUUAUUGGUUAAAUGUGAAAACAAGAUUCAAACUCGUAUCAAAAUAGGUUUGAACUCGAAAAUGCCAAGUCGAUUCCCUCCAGUUGUGUUUUACACUCCAAAAGAGCUUGGAGGAUUGGGUAUGCUUUCAAUGGGUCAUGUUUUGAUUCCUCAAAGUGAUUUGCGUUGGUCUAAACAAACCGAUGUUGGUAUCACUCACUUCCGAUCUGGUAUGAGUCACGACGAAGAUCAAGUUAUUCCAAAUUUAUACCGGUAUAUUCAACCUUGGGAAACUGAGUUUAUCGACUCUCAGCGUGUUUGGGCUGAAUAUGCAUUGAAACGACAAGAGGCAUUGACUCAAAAUCGACGUUUAACCCUUGAAGACUUGGAAGACAGUUGGGAUCGUGGUAUUCCUCGUAUUAAUACUCUAUUCCAAAAAGAUCGUCACACAUUAGCUUAUGACAAGGGUUGGCGUGUGAGAACAGAUUUCAAACAAUAUCAAGUCCUUAAGCAGAAUCCAUUCUGGUGGACUCAUCAACGUCACGAUGGUAAACUUUGGAAUCUUAACAAUUACCGUACAGACAUGAUUCAAGCUCUUGGAGGUGUCGAAGGUAUAUUAGAACACACAUUGUUCAAAGGUACUUAUUUCCCAACAUGGGAAGGUCUUUUCUGGGAAAAGGCCAGUGGUUUUGAAGAAUCAAUGAAAUAUAAGAAGUUGACAAAUGCUCAAAGAUCUGGUCUUAAUCAAAUUCCAAAUCGACGUUUCACUCUUUGGUGGUCUCCUACUAUAAAUCGAGCCAAUGUUUAUGUUGGUUUCCAGGUCCAACUUGAUUUGACCGGUAUUUUUAUGCACGGUAAAAUACCAACUCUCAAGAUUUCCCUCAUUCAAAUUUUCAGAGCUCACUUGUGGCAAAAAAUUCAUGAAAGUAUUGUCAUGGAUCUUUGUCAAGUCUUUGAUCAAGAGUUGGAUGCUCUUGAAAUUGAAACAGUUCAAAAAGAAACCAUUCACCCGCGUAAAUCAUACAAAAUGAACAGCUCUUGUGCUGAUAUAUUACUUUUUGCUGCCUACAAAUGGAAUGUUUCUCGAACAUCUCUACUCGCCGAUUCAAAAGACACCAUGGAUGGAACUACCACUCAAAAAUAUUGGAUCGAUGUACAAUUGAGAUGGGGUGACUACGAUUCUCACGAUAUCGAAAGAUACGCUCGAGCUAAAUUUUUGGAUUACACUUCAGAUAAUAUGAGUAUUUAUCCAUCACCUACUGGAGUUUUGAUCGCUGUUGAUUUGGCUUACAAUUUGCACUCAGCUUUUGGUAACUGGUUCCCUGGUUGUAAACCUUUGAUACAACAAGCGAUGGCUAAAAUUAUGAAAGCUAAUCCCGCUUUGUACGUAUUGCGUGAACGAAUUCGUAAAGGUUUACAGCUUUAUUCAUCUGAACCAACAGAGCCUUACUUAUCAUCACAAAAUUACGGUGAACUUUUCUCAAAUCAAAUCAUUUGGUUUGUAGAUGAUACAAAUGUAUACAGAGUAACUAUUCAUAAAACCUUCGAAGGUAAUUUAACAACUAAACCAAUCAAUGGAGCCAUUUUCAUAUUCAAUCCAAGAACUGGACAACUCUUCUUAAAAAUUAUUCACACAAGUGUAUGGGCAGGUCAAAAGCGUCUAGGUCAAUUGGCUAAAUGGAAAACUGCUGAAGAAGUUGCUGCUUUGAUUCGAUCUCUUCCAGUCGAAGAACAGCCUAAACAAAUUAUCGUUACUAGAAAAGGAAUGCUUGACCCAUUGGAGGUUCAUUUACUGGAUUUCCCAAAUAUUGUUAUUAAAGGUAGUGAACUUCAAUUGCCGUUCCAAGCUUGCCUUAAAGUUGAAAAGUUUGGUGAUCUCAUUCUUAAGGCAACUGAGCCACAGAUGGUUCUUUUCAAUCUUUACGACGAUUGGCUCAAAACCAUUUCAUCUUACACGGCAUUUUCACGUUUAAUAUUGAUACUUCGAGCUCUCCACGUUAAUAAUGAAAGGACCAAAGUUAUUUUGAAGCCAGACAAAACUACAAUCACCGAGCCUCACCACAUCUGGCCUUCAUUGACUGAUGAAGAAUGGAUCAAAAUUGAAGUCCAAUUGAAAGAUUUAAUCCUUGCAGAUUACGGUAAAAAGAAUAAUGUUAACGUUGCUUCUCUUACUCAGUCAGAAAUCCGUGAUAUUAUUCUGGGUAUGGAAAUUUCUGCACCUUCAGCUCAACGUCAACAAAUAGCUGAAAUUGAAAAGCAGACUAAAGAACAGUCCCAAUUAACAGCAACUACAACUCGAACUGUCAAUAAACAUGGUGAUGAAAUAAUAACAUCAACUACCAGUAAUUAUGAAACCCAGACAUUUGCUAGUAAAACAGAAUGGAGAAUUCGAGCUAUUUCCGCUACUAAUCUUCAUCUAAGAACCCAACACAUUUAUGUUUCCUCAGACGAUGUCAAGGAGACAGGUUAUACUUACAUUUUACCUAAAAAUAUUCUAAAAUCUUUCAUCAUCAUUUCUGACUUGAGAACUCAAAUAGCCGGGUAUCUCUAUGGCUGUUCUCCUGGUGACAAUCCUCAAGUUAAAGAAAUUCAUUGUAUCGUGAUGCCUCCUCAGUGGGGUACUCAUCAAGUUGUUCAUCUUCCAUCACAAUUACCAACUAGUGAAUACAUCUCUGAUUUGGAGCCUUUAGGCUGGAUUCACACACAACCAAACGAAUUGCCACAACUUUCUCCUCAAGAUAUUACUACUCAUGCCAAAAUAAUGAAUGAUAAUGCAACUUGGGAUGCCGAUAAGACCAUUGUUAUCACUUGUAGUUUUACUCCCGGUUCAUGUUCACUUACUGCAUAUAAACUGACACCAACUGGUUAUGAGUGGGGUCGAAAUAAUACAGAUCGUGGUAAUAAUCCCAAAGGUUAUCUUCCAUCUCAUUACGAGAAGGUUCAAAUGCUAUUAUCUGAAAGAUUCCAAGGUUUCUUUAUGGUACCCACUCAAGGUUCAUGGAACUACAAUUUCAUGGGUGUAAGUCACAGUGCAAACAUGAAGUACGAUAUAAGACUAGGACGUCCAAAAGCUUUCUAUCAUGAGGCUCAUCGAACAGCUCACUUCUUGAAAUUCAGUACAAUCGAGGAAUCAGAAAAUAUAGGUGUUGAUCGUGAAAACCUUUUCGCGUAAAUUAAAUACAAGUGUAUCUUGUUUCCCUUUCGAAAUUCAUUAAAUUGUGAUAAUUCCGUCUAUUCAUUAAUGAAAUGUCAUCUAUCAGCCACCUGAAAUAGAUCCAAACGGAACUUCAUUCUGCAUCAACUGUAAAACAUCCCUAUGUAUAGACCACCAUUCAACAAAUAAAAUAAUUACUAUUGAUUAAAUAAAACAAGCUUCUACCCAUUUUAA